AUGGAGACAACUACAUUGGGGAUAUUGAGAAGCCCGUUCUCCUCCGCGCUCUCUGCCACCACGCAAAGCCGCUUUCAUUGUUUGGCAGUGACACGCCAUACAACGAGGUGGGAGCCCUACGUCAAGCUGAGCAACAGUAUUGGGACAUGGACGGACUGCUGGGAGAAAGAUCAAGGCAUUCUGGCAAAUGACUAUGCGGAAGAGGUGGAAUGUAACCAUUAUAGUACACGCAAGUUCCAUGAUAUCGUCGAGGAUUUAAGGGCUAGUGGUCAAGCUACUGGAAUUCCCAGAAGGAACAUGCCUCCAGAUCCUGAAUGGUACAUUGGCGACCUCGACAAAGGAGACCUGCUCUAUGCGCUGUGGCUCAACUCCAUACCCUUCCAUCCUCGAGUCCAGUUUAACAGAGAGGAAGCCCUCCGCCAAGCUGAAAGGGACAAAUGGCAUGUCUGGGUGGUGCAGGCAGGACGAUCAGGACUAGGCUUAGGCAGAUAUGGAGUUUGUUUCCCCAUGGGAAUACAAUAA